UACUGCUUUGGCACUGGCAUCGCGGGAGUCGACGGUAGUAGCAGUGACGGCAGCAGCAGUGGCAGUGUUUGCUCAUCGGUGCUCAUCGAGAGUUCGAGCUAAGUGUGCUCGAGGUAGGACCAAAUUGUUUAGUAAAUGUCUCGAGUCCUGGAGAAUUAUUACCUUGUGCGCGCUUCUAUACACCUUAUUCUUUUCUUUUCAAACUAGGAUAAAUUGUGAAAAGCUAUUCAAAAGCUAUUCGUGUGAUCUUUGGAUUCAUAAUUUCAUCGAGUUACGUUAAGAUCGAACAAGUCAAGUGCGAUAAAUUCGAUUUCAAUCGAUCCGCGCUGCGCUGUGUUGCGCCGCGCGGAUCCUCGAAGAUCCUUCGAGGAGAGUUUUUGCGCUGGCGUUGUUGGCCGUGUCUUAGAAAAAUAAGCAAUUGGGGAAGAAAGAAAAACAAAGAGAGAGGGACGAGAACGAUUAUUAAUACACACGAUUGCAACGGUGUUGAGGGCAGCGAGAAACACAGUAAAGCUGACGACGACGAAGACGAAGACGAAAGUGUCGUGGCAGUGGUGGUGGUGGUGGUGGUGCUGGAGGCGGGAGGGUGACCUCCGGCCAGAGCUCGUCAACGACGAGAUGUUAUCAUACCGUCUCGCGCCGAUCUUGAUCCUCGCGACGAUCCUCAGCGAAUUAACGACGAGAGGUUGUGGGGAGAGGAUGAGCGGACUUUAUGUUGAUAAUGGUUUUGAUCAAACGAUCGUACACAGGGUUGUUAGCCAGAGAGAAAAACGCGAAGUUGAGCAUGAGAUAUUAAAUCUUCUCGGAUUACCUGAUAGGCCGAAGAACACAGUAGCACCUCAAAUCAAGAGAUCUGCACCUAAAUUUCUUAUCGACAUUUACAAAAAUGCACUUGGCGAAGAUGAAGACGACAAGCAAGGAUCAACCGCCGAUCAACAGUAUAGAGCUGGAGGAGAGUUCGAUCUUACUGGUCAAGAUCUCAGGGCCAUCGACCAGAGCGACGUCAUCAUGACCUUUGCUGCGCAUAAUCAUCAUGUUCCUGGCGUGAGACAUGAGCGCGGAAAGAGACUUUGGUUCGAUGUCUCGGAUGUUCCAGCCGAAGAAUACAUAAUCGGAGCUGAAUUAAGACUUUAUCAAAGAUAUGACGAAAAAAGCCAAGAAAAUAAUGAAUCUUACACGAUUACGGCAUAUCAAGUUCUAAGAAGUGAAGAUGGAUCACGGGAAUUGCAGUAUGUUGACGCGAUAAACACCACAGUAGGAAAAGAAGGAUGGUUGACAUUAAAUGUCAGCAAACCUCUUUCACAUUGGGUGAAUAACCCCGAUGAAAAUCGAGGAUUGUACCUAUCAGUUCAUCUUGCUAAUCAUUCUGUACAUGAGAUGAGAACAGAGGAUAUUGGUAUGGUUGGAUUCAAAGGUAAACCGGACAAGCAACCCUUCAUGGUUGGCUACUUUAAAAGUUCUGGUAUUAGAGAAUCAAGAGUAAGACAGAAACGUGAUGCUAGAAGAAAAAAGAAAAGUGAAACGUCUAGCUUCGAUUAUCGAAAUCCUUACACCGAUGCUGCCGCGCAAUACAACUCGAGAACUUGCAAGAUUCAAACGCUCUACGUCAGCUUCAGGGAUCUUCAGUGGCAGGACUGGAUUAUAGCACCGGAUGGAUACGACGCAUAUUAUUGCAGCGGUGAAUGCAAUUUUCCCUUGAACGCUCAUAUGAACGCUACCAAUCAUGCGAUCGUACAGACAUUGGUUCAUCUUGUGAAUCCUGGUAAAGUACCAAAGCCCUGUUGUGCGCCAACGAAACUUUCAGCUAUUUCUGUCUUAUAUUUUCUUGAUGAGAGUAACGUUAUAUUAAAAAAGUAUAAAAAUAUGGUCGUAAAGAGCUGCGGUUGUCAUUGAUAAUUUCAAUUAAAUAAUUGAAAGAUAUAUUAUUUCAAUAGCUGGUUGAGCCAUUCGAUUUCAUUAUCAUUCAGUAUAGCGGCUCGACUAUCAGUAGAAUAAAAGUAUAGUGACAUAAAAUGAAGAAGCCCUAUUGAAAAAGUAAUAACAUUUUAUACAAAUUUCGGUUAUAGGUAUUGUCGAUGAAUGACACAAUUUCUGUUCUUUUAUUCUUCCAAAAAUGUACAUUUAUUUACAUAUGUACGAGAAAAUAUCAAUGCAAUUAUUUCAUGUAAUUAGACUUAUUUAUAUUUCUUAGUAUAUCACGUAUUCAAACGAUCACGAUACAUUGUAUGUAUUUAAGAAUAUUCUUAUCAAUUAUAUCUAUAUCAUAAAAUAAUUUAGUAUAAGACAUAUUCCAUUUUCUAAUGACAAUUGCUUUACAAUCAGAAAAUGACAAUUAGAUAAUUUAUUAUAUAUAUAUAUAUAAUUGAACGAUAUUUAAGUGUAUUCACUAAUUAACAGUAAUUUUUUAACCUUGUGACGUUUAUCUUUUGUAUUUCUACUGCUUUUAUACUGCAAUGAAAUUCAAUAUUAGUAGUAACAAUGCUCACAUGAUAUAAAAAUAAUGUUCGUUAUUAUUUACUGAUGAUUAUUUCAAAAUAAAUAUCAGGUACAUUUUCUAUCAC